UCCGCCUUCCUUCCGGCUUCUGUCCAGCUUCUCUCUGCUUUCGCCGGGCGCCACCCGCGGCCAGGGGACGAAUGCUACCAAAACGGCGGCGAGCGGGGGUCGGGACCCCGGACACCGCCCCUUCCUCCGCGGCACGCUUCCCUGGGGUCACUGUCUGCCUGGCUGAGCCACGCAUGGGCCGCAACCGCCGGGCCUUCCUCACACGCCUGGCUCUCUCCAAGGGCUUCCGCGUCUUGGACGCCUACAGGUAUCACCAUGCCGUCGCGCCCGGUGGGCCGGGAGAUGCUGCUGAGUGGCGUGAUGGCCUGAACACAGAUGCCCGUGCUCGGAACUUUGCAGCUGAUCAGCCACAUUCACAGGUGACACACGUCAUGAUGGAGGGGAUCUCAGCAGAGGAGGCCGUCUGCCAGCAGGAGCGCAGGACGGCGGCCCUUCACCCAGGAUGCACCCGCCCAGUGCUCUUAGACGUAAGCUGGUUCACGGAGAGCAUGGCGGCUGGGCAGCCAGUCCCUGUGGAGUGCCGGCACUGCCUGGAGGUGGCUGUGUGCGGGAAGGGGCCACCACGCCCAGCAUGGAGGCUGCCCUGUGCCUGCCAGCGGCCCACACCCCUCACGCACCACCACGCCGGCCUCUCGUAGGCUCUGGAGACGCUAGCGGAGGCCGCGGGCUUCGCCGGCAGUGAGUGCCGCCAACUCUCCUUGUGCAGAGCAGCCUCAGCGCUCAAGGCCCUUCCCAGCCCGGUCACAGCCCUGAGCCAGCUGCGUGGCCUGGCCCACUUUGGAGAACGCUCGUGCAGGGUCGUCCAGGAGCUGCUGGAACGCGGAGUGUGUGAGGAGGUGGAGAGAGUUCGGCUCUCGGAGAGGUACCAGGCCAUGAAGCUCUUCACUCAGAUCUUUGGGGUCGGGCUAAGGACCGCUGACCGGUGGUACCAGGAGGGGCUGCGGACGCUGGACGACCUCCGAGAGCAGCCCCAGAGCAGAGAGCAGGUCAGGAGAGCUGUGCUGCCCACAGGACUCCAGCACCACCAGGACCUGAGCACCCGGAUCCUGCGGUCAGAUGUGGAGACCCUGCAGCAGGCGGUGGAGGCAGCCGUGGGGCAGGCCCUUCCUGGGGCCACGGUCGCGCUGACCGGCGGCUUCCGGAGGUCAGGGGGCUCCACACGCCCUCCGGCUCAGCUCCAGGGCCACGACGUGGACUUCCUCAUCACCCACCCCCAGGAGGGCCGGGAGGCAGGGCUGCUGCCCAGAGUGAUGUGCUGCCUGAAGAAGCAGGACCUUGUCCUGUACCGCCAGCACCAGCGCAGACGGCAGGCAGACGACCCCACCCACCUGCACCGGCAGAGCCACACCAUGGAUGCCUUCGAGGGGACUUUCUGCAUUUUCCACCUGCCACAACCCCCAGGGGAUGCUGUAGGGGCGCCCAGAGGCCCUGCCCCACCCCGACCACCUGGUGGUCCCCCCAUCAGCCAGUUCCCCUCUGCGCUGCUCGGCUGGACUGGCUCCAAGCGUUUCGAGCGGGAGCUGCGCCGCUUCAGCUGGAAGGAGAGCGAAGGGCUCUGGCUGAACAGCCAUGGUCUGUUUGAUCCGGGGCAGGUGUCUGCCGCGUGGUGGAGUGGCUCCCAGGCACUCGUGCUUGCACUCUGUUGCAGAAGACGUUUCUCCACGUGGCUUCAGAGGAAGACAUUUUCAGACUCUUGGGCCUUGAGUACCUUCCCCUCCAGCCAAGAAAUGCCUGAUCCUAUUAGCUGGCCCCCACUUCCGCUCUCUGGAAAUGGAGGGUGCCAUGUGAGCCAGACGCUGUGGGUGUUCUGGUCCCUGAAUGUUUCCAGGUGGAAGAUGCACUGCUGCCCCAAGUCCUCACCCCUCCCAAGUGGGAGCCCUGUCUGUGUGGACCACCAGCCCCCCACAUACACCCAGUUCAAGCUGUCAUGAAAUGAGCAUGUGGAACAAACUAAGCUGUAUUUUCUGAAUGUGUUGCUGGUGUGGGUGACCGGGGAGCAUGGGCAUUGGUUCUGCCCAGAGGUCUGCUACGGGGUGCUGGUGAGGGUGGGGGAUGUGGACCUAAGACAAAUAGACUUCCAGUUAUUUCUCCAACAAAAACGGGUUUAUUCAGGAUCAGCAGAGAAUGGGUCUGCAGCCAUGGCAAGCCAUGUGCAAGUCCCCAGCAAAAAUGGAAAGGAAAACGCUCUUACAGAGGGGAAAAGGAAUUUGGGAAGGCUAUAGUAAACAAGAGUUCAUGGCUUUUCAUUGGCCGAGUCCUCGUCAGGAACGAAGAGGAGAUCUUUCUUUCUUUUGGGCUCUGCUACCAUCACAGGGCAUGAGCCCUCCCCCUUCUGGUCUCCCAACUCUUAUUAAUGUUUUUACACUUCCCCUUUCGAUCAAGAUGCAUCUCUGAAAGCAUCACUAAUCUGAGUCAGGCUUUCCAGUUUCAGGGUCUUUCUGUUCCUCAAUACAAGGAAGGACGUUUCCUGGGUGUAGUGUCCCACAUCACAGGGAAAGUGCACAGAUUGGAGAUCUAUUGAGGUUAUAUUUAAGUAACAAGGAGGGGUAGGAGGGACAACUCUUAGGCACUUUUUAUCUGACGUCCAUGUCUUUUACCAAGAUCCUAAACGGUAGAGAUUAUCUGAAGCCUUAUGUAAUCAAAGGUCUGGUGACAAAAUUCCAACAGGCCUAGUCUGAAUAUCUUUGGAAAGCUGGCUCAUCGGAUGUCGUCUGCUUCAGUUCAGGGAAGUGUUUACUUUCAGGUCACCAGGUGAUUUGCAGGUCCAGACAGGGUUUGGUGCUUUCUUUAGGUGUGUCAUGUGAAUCCAAGAGUUGUAUUCCUUGGAGUUUUGCAGCACAAGGGUUGGUUAGCAGUACCUGAUAGCAGCCUUUCCAGCAAGGUUGAAGAGAGUCCUUCUGGAGGUGUCUUUUCCAAUAGAUGAAACCUGCAGGUUGCAGGGUGUGAUGUUUAAGGUCUUCAUCUCCCAAGAGUACACUGUGAAAAGGUUGCUUACCAAAACAUGGUUAUUUUUAAUAGAAGCAAUUAGGCCUUUGCAAUAUUGGAGUAUCUCUCUUCUUAUUGGUUGUGGGUCAAAAGAGGCAGGAGCCGGGCUUCCCUGGUGGCGCAGUGGUUGGGAGUCCGCCUGCCGAUGCAGGGGAUGCGGGUUCGUGCCCGGGUCUGGGAGGAUCCCGCAUGCCGCGGAGCGGCUGGGCCCGUGAGCCACUGGCCGCUGGGCCUGCGCGUCCGGAGCCUGUGCUCCGCAACUG